CUCUGCUCGGUCUGGAUCAAACCGUUUCCGGGCGACAGGGUACCAGCAGUAAACAUGGCGGAGGAACUGCUGGAAACAGUGGAGAGACUUCAGUCCCGGCUCCAGGAGAACCAGGAGCCCCGAAAGCUGCUGAAGACUCUCAAAAGACUCGGGGAGCUUCCUAUGACUGUGGACAUAUUGGUGGAAACUGGAGUGGGAAAGGCUGUGAACUCCUUCAGGAAACACGAAUUAGCUGGAGAAGUGGCAAAAAAUCUCGUAGCCAAAUGGAAGAAACUGGUUCCUCAGUCUGGAGACAGACCCAACAGCCACGGCUCCAGAUCUCACACACAGGCUCGAGGCCACGACGCGAGUGGCAGAGGAGACCAUAAACGUCCCCGAGAGCCCUCGCCUGAGGAAGACCGCUCCUACGUAGAGGAGGAAGAGGAGGAAGAGGAGGAAAGAGGCUACCACACCAACUAUUCGCCCUCACCUCCUCAGCACGACCAGUACAGUCCCCCACAGCGAGGAGGGUAUCACUCAGACGAAUACGAAAGCCCUGAGCCCGAACCUGAACCCAGCCCGCCGCCACCUCCUCCCCCUGUUUCCCGCAAAGACGUCCGCCACACCAAACCAAACAAGGAGCCGAGCAAGAACCACCACAGCGACCGAAACCGAGACGAGGAGCGGCGGCAACGCCACGCACAGACGAGUAGCGAUAGAGAAGGCGGAGGAAGUCAGGGGAAGAAGCGAAGCGGAGACCGAGAGAGACAUCAGAGUCCGGUACAGAAGGCUGCCAAACACAGCAAGAAGUCAACCACGCAUGACAGCAGGAAGGAGGAGAAGAAGAAAGGAGGAGAUGAAGGGCGACCACGAGUGCCGAAGGACUCUCCACCUAAGGAGGAAGAAGAGGACUUCGAGGUGCCCACCAUGUCCUUCGAGUCCUUCCUCACGUACGACGCCCCGACGUCUGUGAAGAAGAAGAAGAAGACACCAUCAGCUUCAUCUUCAUCGCACAGUCGGCCGUCUCACUCCUCCUCGUCAACGUCGUCUUCCCAUCGCACACGAACACCUCCACCUGCAUCCUCCUCUUCGUCCUCCUCUUCCUCCAAAGCCCGCAAGGCGAACGGCGCUCAGAGUACCAAGAGGACGCAUUCGGGGACAGCGGUGACGACGCCAUCGAGAAGCAAGGAGGUUUACGAAGCUGUGCCGACUGUUCCUGAAAUCCAGCUGCCAGCGAUUCAGCCCAAUUACAGACCUCUGCCCUCCAUUGACAUCACACCGCUGUCCCCUCAGAGACGCAAAGUUCCUGUGUGCAAUGAAGAGGAUGAUGCAGGCUUCACGGGGAAGCGGUUUAACUCCAAGAUGGUGGUCUACUCAGGAUCGAAGACCACCUACUUGCCCAAGAUGAUGACGCUGUACGAGCAGUGCAUCCGUGUCCUGCAGAACAACAUCGACUCGAUCGCUGAGGUGGGAGGAGUGCCGUUCGAUAUCCUGGAGCCGGUUCUGGAGAGAUGUACCCCAGAGCAGCUGUACCGCAUCGAGCAGAGCAACCAGUGGUUCACGGAGGAAUCGGACGAGCUGUGGAUGCGUCACUGUCGGCGCGACUUCAAGCGGGAGUCUCCGCAGGAGUACGAGUCAUGGAGGGAGUUGUACCUGAGGCUGCACGACGAGCGCGAGGAGCGACUAAGGAUGCUCACACAGAAUAUCACGUCUGCGCAUGCCAACAAACCCAAAGGACGUCAGGUUAAGAUGGCGUACGUAAACUCUGUCGCCAAGCCACCCCGUGAUGUUCGCCGCCGACAGGAGAAGUUUGGAACCACCAGUGGUUCGACAGCCAGCUCCACAGCAGCUGCAGCUCCUAUCAAAAUAAGACCGGCUACCACUGACUACUCUGGAGAAUCAAGCCAGUCAUCUUCCUCCCAAAACAACCCUUCCCCCGCUGGUUCAUCCCGCUUCUCUACACCGAGCGGAGCAGGACACGCCGCCCGGGAAAAACCUCAAGUCAAAAAAAUCGCCCCCAUGAUGGCCAAAACUAUCAAAGCAUUCAAGAACAGAUUCUCCCGCCGGUAGUGUGAAAGAGACUGAAUGUAUUUUAUGUGAUUUUAAUUACAGUGUAGCGGAAUUGGACUGGAGACCCUCCAACCCUGCGCGCACACUUUCAGCCCCGCAAACACAUCACAUGAACUUUGCAGUAUUUGUGGAAAAAUGGUUAACUUCCUUUUUUUUCUUUGUUUUUUUUGUGGGGGGGGUUGAUGUUUUUUUUCUGUGGUGACGUCUGUUUUGCGGGUCUUAAAUUAAGUAUUUAAAUCCUAAACGAUGGUACACAUGGUAGAAGGACACACACAAACACAGUCAGUCUGUUACUGAAUCAUGUUUUCCAGCAGACGGUUUUUAAAGAAAGAGUUUUUGGGGGAAUUCUUGCUGCGAGGUUAGAUUAGAGGAUUUUUCUAUCGCUUUCUCCGGCAGCACAAAGACUGGAAAGAGGGGAGCAGCUCGUUUUCAGCUGUAACAAAAUCAGCCCCAACAGAACCUUUAAUUGUCAUUAAUUAACAUGUACAUUUGUACACAGCCAAAACGUGCACAAAAAAUUUGUGACUUUUUAAAAAAUUUGCCUUAAACCUGCAUUCUUUCUAAUGGCCAGUAGGGGGCGUCUCUGAAAUGAUAUUGUAUAGAAGUCCAUGAGUAAAUUCUUCUAACGUGAUCCGUAAACUCAGUUAACAUUUUCCUGAAGAGUUUAUGGACUCAGCUGCUAAUUUUAAGUCUUAAUGAAUGAAAAAUAAAGUUAAUGCUGUAAAUUAUUUUUAGUAAAUAAUUUAAAUUAUUUGUGGGUGGCCAAGUCACUAUGUUAGCCACCCGAGUUUUAAAACUCUCAACUCAGUGCUCCACUAACCAGUGGGUGAUGUCAUGAUGGCCACAUCCAGCUUUUAUAUACAGCCUGUGACUAAUUGCACUAAUAAAUUUGUUUCAAUUUAUUUUUUUUAACCCCUCACCUGUAAAAGGCUGACAGUGUACUGUCAUCACUUGGGUGGCAGGGAGGGCAGCGUAGGAUUUUGAAAUUGAUAGCAUCGGUGCAUCUACUAAAAAUCUCAGAUGAUUUUAAAUCUCAGUGACCUCGACCUCAAGGCCAGGGCUAGAGGUCAAGUGUAUGAAUGUGAUAACUCAAGAAGGAACUCACCUAGGAUUUUCACAUUUAUAGCAUAAGUGCAGUAUUUUUACUGCUGUGACCAGACAUUGAGCAUCAAGGGCUCAACCUUAAUGCAGUUAAUAACUGAAUCAAGUUUUCCUUUCAUAAAUAAUGUGGGGGAAAAAAAAAUUUGAACAAAGUACCAUUUCUGCAAAAGCUCCCCAUCUGGUCAGAAACGUUAGACUUGACAUGUAAAAUGUUAAUAUUUAUGCUUGAUUUUCUCUUUUCAUAACAAUUAAAGAGAUUACAUUUGUUAAACAAUGAACUUAAACGUUUGUUUUUCUCCCUUGUUUCCUGUCUUUGUGCCAAGCCAAGCGGUUCAUAUUUAUCAUAUGAAAGAUGAUAGUUUUAUCUGUCUUUAAUCAAACUAGUAAUGAGCAUAUUUCCCAAAGUGCGAAUCUUUUCCUUGUAAGGGACAGAAAAAGGGCUCUUAUUUUAAAAACAGUCAGCUGUUGUUUUCCCUUAUGACCAAAUGAUACACUACAGUGGGAAACUUUUACACUUUUACUCUUGUUUUGUCUCUUAAUCGCAUGCACCGUGCACGUCCCGACACCCGAGACAUCAGCUGGAUGGUGGGGGGCUUUAAUCAUGUUUUGCCUGGUGCAUUUAAAAAAAAUGUGUUUGGGUAAGACGAAAGCACAGAUGAGCGUGCGGCGUCGUAGACUUACUUUAACCCUCCUGUGGCUUCAAUUCAUGUUUCCCUGCUGUCGAAUGUGUGCUUCCCUGUUUUUAUCUGCUUCACUGUGACAAACUGAUUGAGUGAGGGGAGAUUUGGAAGAAGAACCAUAAGUUGUCUGCAGCUGCAGUCCAUGAUGAUGAUGAUGAUGAUGAUGAAAUGUAUUUAUUUUCAACACUGGGACCUGGCACCCCACAACAUGGGCCUGAAUGGAAGUAGAUUACAAAUUGUAAUUUUAUUAGAUUUUAAUAAAUGUUAUAUGGUCAUUUUUAUUAAAAUUGACUUUUUUCCCUGAA